CUAGAUCCGUUAUACUCGUAAAUUUCUCAAUCGUCAUCCAAACCCACCUCUGUUUUUUCCCCUGUUUCCCGAACUUUAGCUCCAUUCUACUAGUAAUUUGCUCAUUCAUCAACCAAACGAAUUCUGUUUUCUCCUGUUUCUAUCCAGCCUCCCCUGUUUACCUUCUUCUGAUCUCUCUGCCUCCGCUGUUCUUACCCCUCUCUUUUCCUACUCCUUGAAGAAAUGAGGGCCGAAAGAUCUUCCUGGAUGGAGUUUCUGUUCACGGCGGCGUUGAUACUCGCCGCCUUUUCUCCGUUGGCGGUGAGCUGCGCUACCACUGUUCUCCGCUUGGAGAGGACACCGGUCCCUUUGAAUUCAUCUGCUGGCGUGGAGAAAAUCAGUGCUCAGGACCGGGCUAGGCACGCCCGUCUGUUUAGCGGCGUCGCCAACUUCUCCGUCUACGGAUCCGCCGAUUGCGAACUCUACGGGAUUUACUACACUAAAGUCAAGUUGGGCUCUCCUCCUCAAGAGUUCAGCUUACAGAUAGAUACAGGCAGUGAUUUGCUUUGGGUUAGCGCAAAAACUUGUGGGAACUGCCCACGCUCCAGCAGUUUCAGGAUUGAGCUUAGGUUUUAUGAUGCUGCUGCAUCUUCCACCGCCAAGGUGGUUCCUUGCUCCAAUAAAGCUUGCCCAACUCGCUGUACCGAGAAUGGAGAGUGUAGCUACAAGAUCAAUUAUGAAGAUCAUAGUGAAACAGAUGGAUAUUACGUUGUAGAUAGAAUCUACUUGGAUUCCAUUCAGCCCGACUCGACCAUUGCCACCUCGUCAGCCCCCAUCGUGUUUGGUGCUAGCACCUACCAGUCUGGUGAGUUAGGUGAUUCAGCCCUUGCCGUUGAUGGAAUGUUUGGACUCGGACACGGACCUCUCUCACCCAUCUCACAAUUGUCCUCCGAAGGAGUUAUACCCCGAGUUUUCUCUCAUUGCUUGAAAGGAGAGGGCCUCGGGGGUGGUACGUUUGUUCUUGGAGAGAUAUCGGAGCCGGGGAUGGUCUAUACCCCUCUUGUCCCAGCACAGCCUCAUUACAAUCUUGAUCUGCAAAGCAUAGCCGUGAAUGGAGAGCUGUUGCCUGUUGAUUCAUCCGUCUUUACAACGUCAACUGGUCGAGGAACGUUUAUUGACAGUGGAACGACUUUGGCAUACCUGGUGGAAGAAGCUUACGAGCCAUUCAUCAGUGCUGUUACUGCUGUGGUCUCACCAUCCGCCACUCCUAUACUAAGCGAGGGACAACAGUGUUACUCAGUCACUUCCAGUGUUUCUCAAGUAUUCCCUGCAGUUAGCUUUAAUUUUGCCAACAGCGCAUCUCUUCUGUUAAAACCAGCAGACUACCUUCAUCAAUCUGUUAUGGAUGUUGGUGGCAUUUGGUGCAUAGGGUUUUUGAAGAAGCCAGGAGUGACCAUCUUAGGAGAUCUUGUUCUGAAAGACAAGAUCGUUGUGUACGAUCUUGUCCAUCAGCAGAUUGGGUGGACUUACUACGACUGUAAGAUCAAUAAAACCAUAUGAGUCUUCCUUCUGUCCUUCCUUUGCCGAUUCAUUUUUCGUUUCAACUAGUAUUGCUGACCGGCUCCUUGUUUCACCCCUCAUCCAGGUUUGAAGGCAGUGAAUGUUUCUGCUCCGAAACAGCGAAGCUCGAGCGCUUCUUCCAGCGACAUGCUGUUGACGUCGCUGCCUCUAGCAAUCAUCAUUCUCUCCUUACAAAUAUUCUCGGUGAUUGUGGAUCAAGUCAAUGUAAUUAGUGUUCUUAGCUAGC